UUCCUCCAAGAGCUUCUGAACAAGCACAGCGUGUGAUUGCUCGCUGUAGGAGGUUAGGAGUGAUUGCGCGCGAGCUCUUAUCAUGAGCAGUUUAUUCAAACUUGCGAACACAAGUGUCCCGCGGAAAUCUUUUCUCAUUGGAAGCUGCGUUAUUGUGGGUGUGGCGACGUGCUUAACUUUGCGCUACUACUGGAAACGAAGAUCUCGAAAGUAUUACAGCAGCGUGGAAGAAACGUGUGCAGAUGGAGGAAAAAGAAUCCUUGUCUUGGGACUAGACGAUGCUGGCAAAAGUAGCCUCUUGUUGCACUUGUCAAGACCAGAUGCGACGUCGACACACCCGCCGCCAACGGAAGGCUUUAACGUGGUUUGCAUCAACUCUGAGAACGGUUCAUCCCUGAACUUUUGGGAAUUGGGUGGUUCUGAAACGGUGCGACCUUACUGGCCAAACUUUCUUCAUGAUACCAGUGUUCUUGUGUACAUGGUCAACUCUGCCGAUACCCAGCGGCUGCGUUCAUCUGCUCACGAGUUCCGCAGAAUCUUGCAAGAUGAACGUCUACAAAAUGUGCCGAUUCUUGUGCUUGCCAAUAAACAGGAUCUGCCGGGAGCUAAAAGUGUGGAAGACAUAUCAACCAUACUUGGGUUGGAUGAACUGAAGCAACUCAACUUCAAUGUUCACAUUCUGCCUCUGCAGAUGCCAUCAGACUCGAGUUGCCAGAGCAGUGUAGCUGAAGCAAAGCGCAAAAUUCUUCACUUGUCACGAGGGUGGAGUCCUAUCUUGUCACUGUGAAGCAUAGCACGUGGUAUCCAACCUAGCAUAACUUAUUCCCGCUUAUUGGUGGCAGAGUGCACAACACGGCUAGGCCUGACCAGAUUGGAGUCAGCUCUGCUUAGUUCCAUCUGCUCAGUGUGAGAAGGCAAUGCACAGCAGAAUUGGGCUACUGGCCAGAAUGUGAUGCUUUACUAGAGUACAAAUGGUGCAGGUUGCUUCAGAUGAUUGAGUAGUGUACUGGUUACACACGUGUUACUAGCCAAGUACUGCGCAGCUUAGAACAUAUGUUGGCCUAGCGAUUACAAAUGCACAUUAGCACCAGCCAUGUAGUCCAGAUUAUUUUUCUACCAUUCCACUUGCAUACAGGAAAUUUUUGUUUUAACUUGUAUUUACAAACACUACAGAGUAAUUGAAGGUGUUUUAUCCCACUUUCUGUAUAUUUGGUCCAAGCUUACUUAAGUAACUGUGAUGAGUACUUUGCUUGUAAUAAAUAUCUUGGGUCUGGAGCAUGCCCAA